CUACUCGAUGCGCGCAUGCUCGUUCGCCCACGCCAAACAUGCCUGCACAACCGCAUAGGCUCAAUUCCAAUGACCUGGUCAACUCGCCGGGUUUUCUCGGAGCAGCAGCCCGCUUCUGGCAGCGCUCGUAUGCUUCGGACUAUGUAGGCAUAGCUAUUCUAUUAUGCGGCUAUAUCCCGAUCCAAUUCCUCACCGAGCCCUUCCACCGCAUGUUCUUCCUCGAUAACCUCGCCAUUGGAUACCCCCAUGCCGAAAUCGAGCGCGUAUCAGUCGGCUGGCUGCUCAUCUUCUCCGCCGCCGUUCCCCUUGGCCUCCUCGUCGUAUGGGCCCUUCUCUUCCGCCCCGGCUCCCACAAAGCCCACGUCACCAUCCUCGGGCUAAUCAUCAGCCUGAUCCUCACGAGCUUCAUCACCGACGUAAUCAAAAACGCCGUCGGCCGCCCCCGCCCAGAUCUCAUCGCACGCUGCAAACCCGCGCCCGGAACCCCUGCCCACCAGCUCGUCACAUACAAAGUCUGCACCGAAACAGACCACCACAUCCUGCACGACGGCUGGCGCAGCUUCCCCAGCGGCCACAGCAGCUUCGCCUUCAGCGGCCUCGGCUACCUCUCCCUCUUCCUCGCUGGCCAAUGCCACGUCUACCGUCCUCGCGCAGACCUCGCUCGCGUCCUCUUCGCUCUCGCCCCUUUACUCGGCGCCGCGCUCAUCGCUAUCUCCCGCUGCGAAGACUACAGACAUGACGUUUACGAUGUCACUGUGGGAUCCCUGCUCGGUCUCGCUAUCGCGCACUAUACGUAUAGGAGAUAUUAUCCUGCACUCAGAAAUCGGCUUUGUGCGACGCCGUUUCCUAACCCCGCGGAUGAUAAGGGGUGGGGGAAGGUUAAGGGGGAUGAGGAGAGUGCGAGGGGAGUGCAGGAGUUUGAGCUUAGUGAAUUUGAGGAGGAGGGGGAGGAGAGGGAGAGUGAGGCUAGGUUGCUUAAUGGGGGGAGGAGAUAGGUGGUAAGGGGGUAAUUUUUGGAGGGUUUUAUGUUUUUAGGUUGGCGUAAUGGAGUGGUUCUGGUUCUGAGCACCCGCUUUUUUUUUCAAGCAACCAGAGUCGCUGGGAAUAGGGAUCAGGGCGUGCAGACGGUUUUAACGUACUUGGCUGCUAAGUAUGACAUUUGUUGCACAUGGCUGAUCAAAAAAAAGUGUCAUUUUUGCGAUAUUUACAUUUCUCGGCUGUUCGUCUUUUGAUAUUGCUCAGAGCAGUUUAAAGUGUGUUACUUUGGUAUCAUUCGUUCUCGAUAUGCGUUUGUUUGGACUUGGCCCUGCCAACUUAGUCACGUCUCUUCUUCUUCUUCUUCUUCUUUUUUAUAUGCAUUGAUCGUGGUGCGACUGAGAAAUCUUGUCUUCCAUCUCCCCUGUCUGGACUCCAAUG